GGAAGCAAACAGAAAGCCGUUCCGUUGUAGCCGGUCAGUACAAAGACGGGAAGGAGUAAAAGCUGUGUUUUUAUUAAGAAUGUGACUUAAUUUGUGUGUGAUCUGUGUAGUUUCACUUAUGCGUCAUUCGUACUGCUUUAGGUACGUGCAACUCAGAUGUACAGGCAUUAGAUUCACGAUUACUUUUUUGCAAAAUUUGAGAAAGUAGUAGCGAGUCUCAACGUUUGUGUAUUUUUAUUUACUCUGAUUUUACAGUUAAACUUAUAGUCGGAUCGCAAGAUACUUAUUCUUCAAAUUGGUCGCGCUCAAAGCCCGUUGUAUCGGGUGUUGUUCAAGUGGUGAUGUCAUGCAUGGCUCUUGUGAAGAGGCCUGUGUCUGCCCAUUUUGACCCGAGUUCAAUCAAGAUGGAGAGGCGUAAAGCUCUCGCCCUCCCCCCACCCGUCAACAAGGAGGGUCGUUCCCACGCAACAAAUUCUUUAAGACUGUCCAAGAGGAAGCCCCCUGCGGAUUCCUCAUGUGGGAAAACAGAGUCUCCCCCGGCCCAGAAGAAACACUGGACUGAACUAUCUGCCACUUGUCAGAAGUCUGCAGGAGCCAGUUCUGUGAAUGGGAAAAACAACUGGAGUCCCCACAGGUCACCAAAAUGCAAGGCCGGAACGAGCUGCUUUCACGCCACUCUAAUCCUGACGGAUGUCCUGAAGACGAGGUUGGGGCAGGAGUAUCUGAACAGGGGCAGCCUUGGCCUGCGGGCAGAGCAGCAGGAAAGGGACGCGGUCAGCUGCAAGAGCAGCAGGCGCCCACAACGACAGGAGGGCAACCUGCAAGGAGAGGCGCCCUCGUUUGCCCGGAGCCGGGACUCCCCAGUCAGGGGCUCGCGAAGAGAUUCCCCAACUCCUAGAAGAGAUGGCCACCAGGUGGUGCCAGACGCCUCGUGUCCGGUGGAGGAAACCCCCCAUGGCACUUGCUCCCCCAAACUGAGAAGUCGCAGUGUGGCGCUGAGAGGGUUGUCGGUAGAAAUGUGCAAGAUCUCUGUAAGGCCGCUGGACCGGCAGAGAUGUCACAAUUCGGAAGACAAGGCAGCGACAGCCCUGGAAAUGGGAAAGGGGGGCAUUUUACCUGGAGGUGCCGGACGCGUGCAGUGCCAUCCGGGCUGUGAAGGUUCACCAUCCCAGGCUACAGAGGCAGCUGAUGGAGAGGGUUCCCCGGGCUCCUGUACAAAUGGAAUUGGAGUAAUAGAAGUGGGGAGUCCCUGCACGCCCCAAGAGACCAGGACGAGUGUGAUCAUGGACCGGAGAGAUCCCGCUAAACGCAUCUGCCUGAUGGAUGUUCCGGUGGCCGCUGAAGAACGGUGCCAUUUCAGGGACCCGCCGGAACCUCAGCAUGUCGAGAGAAGCCCUUCAGGGUCAGACCCUAGCCUGGACCCCCCCAGGAAGCCCAAAUCCAGCCCUCCAGAACCUAUCGUGCUGUCCAGUGAUGACGAGGAAGGGAAGGACGGCAAAGAGGAGGUCCGCCUGGCUCCAGAUGGUAUCCCAGGCCCAUCUGUCCUCAGGUCGGACCCCCAGCCCCCGGACAGCCCCAGUGCCCUGGAGCACCAGGACGAGCACGGAGAGACGCAGCCGAACAUGCUGUUUAGUGGUGGCUGCUGUGGGAGGAAGGACAUGUCACAGGUGUCUACGCUGCUGCAGCUGCCAUUCUGUGAGCUGCAUGUGGGCGGGGUCACAGUCCAGGCUGGCGGUGACAUCAUGAUCACGGAUCAAGGGAUCACUAUUCCGCUGAAAGCCUCCUCCGGAGAGGCAGAAUGUCUGUCCGUGGCUUUGGUGCCGACCCAACUGUGCAAGUACGGGUUGUGGAACAGUGGCGUCCAGGGGAAUGCGGGGGCGCUCCUCUUCCUGUGGGUGUCGGAUGCUGAACUGGAGCUUCUAAAGGCAGAACUGUCAGCGCUGCAGCCGGCUGAGACUUUAGGGACGGCCAGCCCCUUUUUGCUGCUGACUCUGCGUCAGCCGCUGGAUGGGAUACACAAGGCCCUCCUGGGCUCACUCAUGGACCUCAUGAGCCUCCAGAACAAGCAGCCGGAGCUGAUGCAGCCCCUCUCGCUGGAUGAGGGCCUGGCCCUGAUCUCCAGCAGUUCCGGUGGGGACUGCAGUUUGCUCCCCGUCCUCCGGGGGGAGCCGCAGGACCAGACGCGCGCUGCCUCAUCCCAGGUGGAAACGGGGCCUCAACCUACAGCUCCACCGGAAGAGAAUCCAGGCCGGCCCAGACCCAGCUACACGCUCUGUCACCGCAGAACCAGCAGGUCGUACGCAGUGUCUAUGUCACCGAAGCCCGACUCUCCCUGGAGUCGCUACCAGCACCAGGGCCAAGCCAACAGGUUAAUUCUGUUCCCUCCACCCCCUUGGAAAGGAGGAAUCUCCGUAACUAUGGAGGGAUGCAGUGCCCUGGACAGUGGCGAGUUCCUCAAUGAUGUCAUCAUCGACUUUUACCUCAAGUACCUGGUUCUGGACAAGGCCCAGAAGGAGAUGGUCCAAAGGUGUCAUGUUUUCAGCAGCUUCUUCUACAGCAGCUGGACCCGCAAGGACAAUGCCAGCGAGGAGUCCGGCCCACACCUCAUGACACUGGAUCACUAUUUCACAGAAAGUGGAAGACCUCACCAAAGAAGAGUCCGGGGUGGCAUGGAGGAGACCAGGGGAAUGUCACUGCUGACUCCGAAGUGUACACAGCUUGGCUGUCAAAGGGACACCAUCUGUAAAAGACCCUGCAUCUUACUCAUGGACUCUCUGAACUGGCAUUCACACGAGCGUGUUCUCAAGUUCUUACGGGAGUACCUGGAGGUAGAGUGGGAGGCACGCAGAGGUACCCCCCGUGCGUUCACUCCAGAGACAAUGCUGGGCUUUCGCUGCCGGGUCCCACUGCAGGACAACAGCAGUGAUUGUGGUCUCUACCUGCUGCAGUACGCAGAAAGUUUUUUGGAGAACCCAGUUGUGCACUUUGAACCACCGUUUCUCCUGGGGACGUGGUUUCCACGGCAAAAAGUACGCAGGAAACGGGAGGAGAUCAGGAACGUGGUGCUGUGGUUGUUCAGGAAGCAGCGUGAGCAGCGGGAGCAGUGGGAGCAGUGGGAGCAGCGGGAGCAGCGGGAGCAGCGCAGGCGGCUGGGGCAGGUGAAGGCCCGGUCCUGCAGGUGGGAGGGGCUUCCAGCUGCAGACUGACUAUAAACCCCCCCACUACCCCCAUGCCUGCCUGGACUUUGAGCUGCCUGUGACCUUUGUGUAUUGACUAUGCCACUAAUAUAAAGACUCCAUUUUUAUUUUUAAUAGAUUUUAUUUUUUUACCUUUUUAUUAUUAUUUUUUACAUUUUCAGUGUGAUGUUAGAAUAUUAUCAAAAUAUCCUAAUUUCUUUGUACUUUUCAUUAAGAUGUUUUGUAUUGGUGGUGCACAUACGUUGCAGUUGUUUUACUGUUUACACAUGGAACAAAAAUAUGAAUUUGAUGCAUCAUCAGUGAUAUCUGCAAAUGCCCAUAAUCUACUUGAUUUUCCAGUCAGGUCGAAAUCAAUGUUGAUAUCAAUGUUGAUUUACCGUUUAAAGGAGUACUCAGUAGCAUUACUUUAAAUGAGUACUUAAGGUUUGUUCUUGCUAAUCCUUGCACCUUUGAAGUUGAACCCACUGUGUGUAAGAUGUCAGGACUGAGAGCAGGCAAGUAGGAACAUACAUCAUUUGACUAUGAUGUCAGCAUGUCACUGUCUGUGUGGCGCUGAUCCUUUCUGCUUACCUUCGAUUUACGAUCUGCUGCUGCAGUAUGUGGUGAGAGAGACUGACCACCGUGUAACACCACGCUAUGAGCAAGGGGUUGCUUUUUAUGUGUUUUACAGAAACAUUUGAAGUCCAUUUGUGCUUUAAGUAAUGAGAGAUUACUUAGGUCCAAAAGCUGCACGAUUUACUUUUCGUGCCCCUGUGGUUUUUAUUUUUAAUUUUUAAUUUUUAAUGGAACGAAGUGCAAUUACAAUAAGCUAGCUGGAGUGUACUGGAGGGGAGGGCUCGGCAUCAAAAAGUAACACUUCGACAGCUUGCUCUCCUUCCUACACCAUUAUCCCAUCUGUCUGUUGUAUUUGUCGUGUGUCAGGUUUAAGUCAUUUCACUGUGCAAAGUUGUUUUUUUUUUCUUUAGUCUGCUAACUUUGAUAUGAUAUAUGAGACCAAAUAAGAUUGCAUUGGAUACACACUUUGGAGAUGGAUGAUUAAAAUAAAAUAAAGUUUUUUUUUUUUAAA